GAGAAGCUUCCGCCUCGCUCUGGGGCCGUGAGCAGUUAGUUCCGCCCCAGUAACAGACAUAUGGCAAUCGCGGGCUGACCCUGGGUGCGUCACGUGACCCUCUUUUAUCAUUCCCAUGAUGCCAUGGGCGGGAGAAGGCUUUUCGGCCACCGUGGCGUUGGUUGCUAUGGUGCUGUAACGGGCCUGCAGAAUGUCGCUGUCCGCGCUGCCGCUGUCUCCCGCCCGGGUGUUCGCGGAGCUUUUAGCCCCGCCGCUCGGGGGUCGCGGGCGGGAGAACGAGCCGGUGCCGGGGCUCCUCGGCGGCCGCGGAACCCCAGUGCCGCCAGGGCGGGAGGUUCACGUGAGCGGCAGCGCGGAGCUGUGUGCGGCCCCGGACCGGGCGCGGGUCUCCAUCCGGCUGGGGAGCAGGAAGGGGGAGGCCGGGGAGGCGCGGAGCAGCGUGAGCCGGCGGCUGGAGUACAUCGCGCAGAGCGCCCGGCAGCGCGGGGUGCAGGUCUGCAUUACAUUUAGUGAUUUUGGAAAAAUGCAGAACGUUUGCAACUUACUCGUUGAGAAACUGGGUAGUUCUGUUAUCAUCAGUCCACCUCACUUCUACCAUACAGCAGAGGCUGUAGACACCCUUCGGCGUCAAGUGUGUCUUGCUGCUGUUGGGAACACACGUCGAAAAGCUCAAGAGGUCUGUCGACUGUUCGGCCAGUCACUGGGAAAACCGCUGCUUAUCAGAGAAGAGGAAAUGAAAGAAUGGGAAGGACAAAUAGACAGUCACCCAUCCAACUCCUCAGACACACUGACUGUGCAGCAGAGAAUCCAAAGUGCCACUAUUUAUGCUUCUUCAAAAAUAUUUGCUAUUUUUGAGAUAAAGGGAAGAGAAAAGAGAAAAAAACAAGCUUAUCUAGAAGCAUGUUAAAGCAUUUUUCUUAUUUGUCUCUGACAAAUCUUAGAAUAAAUUUAUGUACUUUAAAGUA